CUGGAGUGUUCAGUCAUUGUGCAGUUACAGUAAGAUUUACUAAAUUAACAACAGUCGCAGUAAUGGCUGUAAACUCUGAACCAAGUAGUGUUUCGUUGCCCGUUUCUGGAAUAGUGAUAGCAGUAGUAUCAAGUUUCAUUAAUGGGUCGACAUUUGUGCUUCAAAAAAAGGGAAUAUUACGCUCCCGCGACAGAGGAGGGUCGUACCUCACAGAUGUGGUGUGGUGGGCUGGCACACUGUCCAUGAUUGUUGGUCAAAUUGGGAAUUUCCUGGCAUACAAUGUGGCCCCCGCUGUAAUAGUUACACCGCUAGGAGCCCUUGGAGUGUUAUUUGGGGCUGUGCUGGCUUCUUGGAUCUUGAAGGAACAUUUAAAUAUCCUGGGAAAGCUUGGCUGUGUAUUAUGUUGCUGUGGCUCUGUUGUGCUCAUCAUUCAUGCCCCUAAAGCGGAGACUGUUACAUCGAGACUGGAGUUAGAGGAGAGGCUAUUGGACCCAGUGUUUGUAGUGUAUGCCCUCUUGGUGGUCCUGCUGCUGGUCAUACUCAUUGUGUGGAUUGCUCCAGCUCACGGCACAUCAAACAUCAUGGUAUAUGUCGCCAUAUGUUCCCUCUUGGGAAGCUUCACUGUCCCAAGCAGCAAAGGGCUUGGCCUGGUUGCACCAAACGUCUUUGGAGAAGGGCCGUCGAGCAGCAGAGCUCUGGCUCUCUUCCUGGGCUUGUUGGGGACUCUGGCUGUCAGCAUCCUGAUCCAGUUCUUAUUCAUCAACAAGGCCUUGGAGUGUUUCAGCUCCAACAUGUUUGAAGCCAUAUACUAUGUAACAUUCACAUCCACCGUGAUUCUUGCUUCUGCUCUUCUCUUCAAGGAGUGGACUGCACUGACUUUAACAGACAGCCUCGCCAUGCUUUGUGGUCUGACGACAGUGUGCGUCGGAGUCGUUUUACUCCGCAUUUCCCAAGAGGCUUUGAUUACUUGGAAAAAGAAGACAGACUGAUUGAGAUGCCUUCACAUUUACAUGACUUUUGUGCCAUGCUGCAUUUCUUAAAACAGUGAUUUCCAACCAGGGGUACUUAUACCCCAGGGAGUAGGUUACUUCUACAGUUGAUAGGGGGUACCUGAAAAAAUAUAGGGUAGCUCAACUAACUUGAAAAAAUAAAAUUUUAAUUAUGAUUUGUUUAAAAGAUAUAUGUUAUAUCCACAUAUUAACAUUAAAGCUAUCCAAGUCUUCCAUGAUCACGUAGUAGCCUAGUAGGCUAGUAAUAGUACGAUUGCUGACCCAACCAACCUAUUGACAGUUUAAUUGCAUGAAAAAAUGAACAAUAUCCACUUCUACAUAAUAAAUAGUGUUAUACAUUUAGGUACAUUGGGUACAUCUGACAGGGCUGUAGGGGGGACCUCAGUCCCAAAAAGUUGGGUCUUAUAACACAGAGUCUAGGAUUGAUUUGUCCAGUUUAAAUGACCAAGCAGUGUAUUUAUUACUAGUACUAGUUAUUAACUAGUUUAACAUUUUACUAGAAUCUUCUUGCAGUUUCUUAAGGAACCAUUCUUAGUUACUGUGUAACCCACAACUAUCUCCAAAAGUGAAACUUUUUUUCUUAAAUCAUUCCAUCUUUAACUUCAUUAAUACUUACGAAUGCAACUGGAAUCAUCCUCAGGCUGUCUCUUCACCUAUCAUAGCUUUUUUUAAAUUAUUAUUAUUUGGGCUUUUCCGCCUUUAAUUUUUGACAGAACAGCUAGGGGAGA